GAUGUCUAGAUGAAUCAUCGGCGUAAUCGGAAUUCCAUAUUACGGUUCAAAGAUGAUGAAACACAAUACAAUACAACAGUCAUUGCAUGUAGACGAGAACAUUUGGCGCGAAAAGAAGGUGACAACUGGAUCUUGGCAGAACGGAGAUGCCUUUUGCCUUGUGAAUUAAAAAAAGAAGCUUGACGUUUAAUCGUAUGACAAGUACUGGCCAGUUUACCACCCCGUACCAAAGCGUUGGGUAUAAAAGGGGUUGUUGGUUGGUGAGUGUUCAUAUUCCAGACUUAUCCAUACAGGCAACACAACCUCCUAGACUUGGUCGGAUGAAAACGUGUUGUGAAUAUCGGAUUUAUUUCUAAUAUUUAUCAUCUGUGUAAGGCGAUACUUUCUCCAUCUGUUAUCAAGUAGCGAAGAUGUUUAAAUUAGUGUCGCUAUUCGUCGCCGCGGCGCUAGUGUCGCUGCAAAGCGCUUACAUCGUCAGUGCACAAAUUGACAACCCCAAAAAUGAUUUGGAUAAUAAUUUACAAAUUAAUCCUGUUCCUCAACGUCGUCGUCUUCGUAAUUUCAUCAAGAUGACACAAGCACCGCCGCAGCGCGUACGCUACGAGCCUGGUGCGGGCCUGCAGCUUGUAUGUGAAGUGACCGCCUCGCCCGCACCUCAAGUGCAAUGGCUUAAGAACGGAGAGCCCAUGAUAGAUUACGAAGAGGAAGCCAAUGAGAUCCCGACAGUGGCCAACAACAUUGCCCGACUUGUGAGCAAGCUGGUGGUGACAGCAGCGCGCUCUGGUGACGUGUUCACUUGCGACGCAAGCAGCGGCCUCAAGGAAAUAACCGCAUCUACCACUGUUUAUACUGAAACUGAACUCUCCCCGCAACUAUUGUCAUUGGAGAACCUGUUCCCUGCGCCGUCGAAGCCUGUGAUAACUCUGCACUACGAAGACAUCCUCCAGGAGAGCGGCAGUUCUCUGCUGCUGCCGUGCCGGGUGAGCAGCGCCGGCGAACACCAGGUCGUGUGGCAGGACAACAAUAACCAAGUCGUGUACGGCAGUCCUAGGCUACAGGUGUUGCCUUCUGGUGACCUGCUGAUAGUGGAGCUGCAGUGGGGGGACAUGGGUCAAUGGAGCUGCACAGCUCGCAGCCCGCAAGGGAAAGACACCGCGGCUACAUUCGUUUACCCUUCCAAGCCAAGGAAACAGUAAAUUAAAACGGAUUGCUAGAAAUGGAUCAAGAAAGUUACCCGCCGAUUGCUAAGAAAAUCUCCCAUGUUCCUAUAAACGUAAUAUUGUAAUAUAGAAAAUAUUUAAUUUAUUGUUAGUUGUAAAAAAAUAUC